AGACAGAGGAAGGAAACUUUUAAAACAAAGAUCAGUGGAAAAUCUUUAAAAGUGAUGUAAGAAAAACCAAAGGCAGGGAUUGGAGUGUGGAGGCUGGAGCAAGGGCUAUAAAAUCUCAGAGAACAAGCUCUAAACUAAGUAUUCAACAGAAGGGGACAACAGCACAGUGAGAAGACACAAAGUUGAAAAUCUUUUGAAUUCCCGUUCAAGAUGCUGGAGUGGAGCCAUGUGAGUAUCUGUCUGGUGCUUUCUGUUUCUCUGCUGCAGUGGACCGCAGGAAGGGGAAUUCUCACCGAAGCCUCUACAGAGUCAGUAUCCAGUGAAGAAAAGUCAGCAGCGGACUUGGCAGCGAAGCUCCUGCUUCUAGACGAGCUUGUCUCUCUGGAGAAUGAUGUGAUUGAGACCAAGAAGAAAAGAAGCUUUCCUGGCUUUGGGUCUCCUCUAGACAGACUUUCUGCAGGUUCCAUUGAAUUAAAGGGCAAACAAAGGAAAGUGGUGGACCUUCCAAAAAGGAGAUUUGGAAUUCCUCUUGACAGAAUUGGCAUGAACCGCCUUGCCAAUGCAAGAGGCUAGCUGAUUUAAUAAGUGCUCACACCCUGGAUGAUAUAUGAUACAUCUCAGCCACCAAAACACUUCUGAUGCCUCAGAGAGUUCCUGCUCUUGAUUUAUGUUACAAUGUUUAAUGAAUUGACCAUCUAUAAAUCUAUUUCACAUCCUCUGUCAAAACAAUAAUAGAUUCAAUCCAUCAGGUCAGAACUUUUCACCGCCAGGGUGUGUCUGCUCAGAUCACAAGGUGCAAAUGUGUAAAUAGUGCACUGCACGGCAAUGCUCCUAACCUUUCAAAUAAUCAAUUUCAACAAGUGUGUUUUUUAUUGUUAUUAUAAUAAUGAAAAAGUCAAAA